AUGGAUAGAUCAUCAACUUUUGAAGGAUUGCCUAAUGAAUUAUUAAUAGAUAUUUUUGAAUAUCUUCCUAUUCAAGAUUUAUACAAAACAUUUUUUGGACUUAAUUUAAGAUUAACAAAAAUUAUUGAGUCAUUACAAGAAUUUCAUUUCGAACAAUUAGAACUUGAAAAGAUUGAUGAUUCAGCAUUUGCACAUCGUAUCACAACAUUAGUUAUUCGACAUUCAAAUAAAAUUGAUCUAAAUCGUUAUCCUAAACUACGCGCAUUAAAACUUCAAUGGCCUACUAAACAACAAUGUAAUCAAACAAUAAAUCAAUCUCAACUAGAACAUUUAUAUAUUGGUCAUUCAUUGUAUGAAGGUGAUACUCAACAACUUCUCAAACAUAUUUUUAUAAAUGGUUUUCCUCAAUUACAUUCGUGUUAUCUAGAAAAUUUCAUAGGAAAUAGAUCAAUCAUCCGUUCAUAUUCUACCAUUCUACCAACUUUAGUUUCACUAAAAAUAUUUACAAAGUAUUCCGAAGAUAUUGUUUCUCUACUCUUCUUAUGUCCAAAUCUUAAUCAAUUAUCAAUUAAAUAUUUUGACAAUGCUAAAAUUGAUUCUAACAUUUUUAAAGAAUGGUCAUUAAUGCCACAUAAAAAUCUACACACACUUAUAUUUGAUAGUGUUGAUCAGAUGUCUAUUGAAACAAUCGAUUCAAUAUUGGCAUUUGUACCAAAUGUUACCUAUUUAUCAAUUAUUAGCCCUCGAUGUAAUACUAAUAAAAUACAUAUUGAACGAAUAGCAUAUACUCUUCAUCGACAUUUACCUAGUCUACAUCAAUUUUAUACUAGUAUUUGGCUCGAUGAUUUACCAUUGAGUGACAAUUAUUCGGUCAAUAUCGAAGCUAUUGAAUGGCUUCAUCCUCUUUUUAAACAAAUAAAAUUAAGUUCUGGAGGUCAACGAUUGAUCAUUUCAUCUUCGUCUUACCGAAGUAAAUUGGUGUAG